UAGGGUUACACUGGCUUUCUCUUCUUUAUAAACCUUCUUCUCCAUUUCGACUUCCCUCCUCCGUCAGGCAGCGAGCAGACUUCCUUCAAGCUUUUUGCCUUUGACGUGCCGACUCUCGGUACACCCUCUUGAACAUCUGUCAAGAUGUACACCUCCAGGAGGAAGAUCCAUAAGGACAAGGAUGUUGAGCCCUCCGAAUUCGAGGAGAUGGUCGCACAGACAUUCUUCGACUUGGAGAACACCAACCAGGAGCUGAAAAGUGAAUUGAAAGAUCUUUUCAUUAAUUCUGCCGUUGAAAUGGACAUUGCUGGCAACCGUAAGGCUGUUGUUAUCUUCGUCCCCUACAGACUGAGGAAAGCUUUCCGCAAGAUUCACCUGCGUCUUGUUAGGGAGCUGGAGAAGAAAUUCAGUGGCAAGGAUGUAGUCCUUGUUGCCACCCGCAGAAUAGUGCGGCCACCAAAGAAAGGCUCUGCUGCCCAGAGACCCCGUACCCGCACCUUAACAGCUGUUCAUGAUGCUAUGCUGGAGGAUGUGGUGUAUCCAGCCGAGAUUGUUGGAAAACGUGUCAGAUACCGCCUUGAUGGAUCGAAAAUAAUGAAGAUUUUCUUGGACCCCAAGGAGCGCAACAACACCGAGAACAAAUUGGAAACUUUUGGAGGAGUUUACAGGAAGCUUACAGGAAAAGAUGUAGUGUUUGAAUAUCCGAUUCAAGAGGCUUGAAGAUCUUAUCUUUGUGGAUCUGAUGUUUUUUUUUGGAGAGUUUAGUUUGCAUUGAAUAGGAAGUCAUUUGAAAUUUUGACUGCUUAAUAUUUGAUCUGUAUCCUACAUUGGAGAAGUGAAGCUUGGGUUUGGCACUUCCC